UGCAGAGUGCAGGCACAAUAGCAGCACGGGACAGAAGCUCACCUUCAGAAGCAGGAUCCAGACGCACCCCAGCCUCCCACCCAAAAAUGCCAAAGCCCUUGCAGCCCCUCUCGCUCCUGGUCCUGCUCAUCCUCGCUGCCGUUGCCCAGGGACAGGCUGACACGGGCCCCAAGGUGCUGCAGCCAUGGCUCCUGGGCCUCACUGCCGUCGUCGUCUUCCUCUUCAUCGUCUUCGUGGUGCUGCUCGUUAACCGGCUCUGGAAUCUCAGGAGGCACAGGAAGGAGAACGACUACCCGGAGACCCUGGCGACUGACAGGCUGGAGCGCUCCGGCCACGUCAACCCGGCGGCUGAGGACUGCGAUGAGCUGAACGACGACGAGCAGCAGAGCAAGGCCACGUCCCUCUGAGUUCUCCCCGCCCCCCUCUGCCCGCUCCGGAGCACCUCCGACUGGCGCCUCACCCU